ACAAAAUCCAACAAACUGAUGAGCAUAGCUCCGACAGCGACUGAGCUGCCGAGCUUUUGGGGUUGGCAGAUGCAACUGAGAGGAGAUGACCCAUUGAUGGAGUCUCCUCCCUCGACGAGCCUCCGCUGGAAUUCGAGGUCUGGGUCCACUUUACUGAGCAGAAUUGCUCUGCCCGUUAAUGGCGCAGGAGUCAGCAGAAGAGCUUCAGCAUCCGUUCAGGCACAGGCCUCUGGUUUCUCUUACCGUAAGUUCGUCCAAUUCGCCGUGGACGAGACGAAACGCCAUACCCAUUUGGACCCGUCACCUCUGCAGGAUAAGUUCAGUGCCAUGAAGGCCUUGGAUGGAAAAACCGACCUUGCAGUGUUGUCAUAUAAGGCGCCCAAAGUUAGACUUCUUCGAAGUUUGAGCAUUGAAGGGAGUGACGGGAUGCAGGUUUUGGAUUUUGCUGUAUUUCCCGAAUCAGAGUAUGAUCUCCCGAUAUUUUGUGCCAACUUCUUCUCUGCUUCCAAGACGAACAUAGUUGUCCUGGACCUUAAUCCUUUGUAUGAUGUAGUCGAAAAUGAAGAUUACAAGGAGAAAUAUUAUGAGAGCCUGCUUCCUCUCGGUCUUAAGUAUGCUGAGCUUUUACCAUGGGGUGGAAAACUCACUGGUGAGUCCCUGAAAUUUUUCUCGCCAAUCGUUAUAUGGACCAGGUUCAACUCUAGUCAAUACAUGCAAGAUGUUCUCUACUCGGCGUUCAAGGAUUAUCUCAAGGCUUGGCUUCUGUUGAUGGACCUCGGAGAAAAGGAGACCAAUGCAUCUCGAAUUGCUGCCAAUCGAGAAGCACAACAUAGAUAUCUGACAUGGAGAGCAGAAAAGGACCCGGGUCAUCAACUUCUGAAGAGAUUGAUCAGGGAGACGCGAGCAAAGGACGUGGUGAGGAACUUCCUCUUCGAAGGGGUUGAUUCUUUGGGGACCAAAUCUUUCCUAGACUACUUCCCUGAGUAUCGGUGCGAGGACGGGACUGUUAAUGAGAAGCGGAGCAUGAUGGGGAAGUCCUUUGAGAGUCGGCCAUGGAACUCAAAAGGAGAGUUCAUUGGUAGCGAGUAGAUUACGAUCAAUCAAUCAGGAAAUUAGCAUCCGAGUAUAUAUCUAAUUUACCAUAGGAUUGUUGUUUGAUUUUGAUGUAUUUUCUUCCCUCCUUGUGAUCUCAUUCAUUACUGGAUCAUGAAUUUUGGUCAAGUUCAAAUUGGAUUCUGAUUUUCUUCUUAUGGAGAUUACAUUAAGAGAUCA